UCUUCUCGACCCCGAGAGGCCGGGGUGGCGGCAGGAUGGCAGAAAUGCUCCUGUUCUGGAAAACGGAGUAGGAUAUCGCCGGCUCGGGGCCAUCGGGCAGCGGUCGGCCAGCUCUGGCCAGCGGCCUCCUGUGGAAACCCCCAGCGCCAUCGGCCAACGCGCUCUCCCCGGGUCUUUGGCAGCUGGGAGCCGGGUCGAGACCGAGUCUGGCCAGCCGGAGAGGCCGAAUCUCAGCUCUCGUUGCCAGAAAGCUUUUAGUGGCCCACGGAGAAAGCUGUCCCCCGUUGGUGAAUUCCCCAGUGAGAUCAGAGAAAGUCUGGGGCUUUGCUUCAACAGAACGCUUCUCGGGGUCUCUGUUCGCGGCCACUGCGGAGAGAGAAAGUGCAGAGGCCCCUCGGACCCCAGCAAUGUGGGGUUCCCCUCUCCGGGCACGACGUCUGUGCCUCCUGGGGUCAGACAGAGACACGGCACAGGUCUCCUUAAUGUUGGGGAAAAGAGAUUUUGAGCGCGAUUCCCCCCCCCCCCGCCAAGUGGAAUUGUUUUCAUGCCCAUCCAGAAAGCGAUUGUUUUGUUUCUUUGGUCUUUGAAAUGAACUAUGGUGCGAUCAGAAAACGUCAGAGCUACAGCUGGACGCAAACUUCCACUCUGCCCACGGGAAAUCUGAGGCCACCGAAGGAGAUGCUUUCCUGAGGGGCCCCUGGCAGCUGGGCAAGAAGGGGUGCCCGCACCCAGACUGCCUCCCAUACCCGUCACCACCAGCCUCGGUGCCUGUCCCCUCCCUUUACCCGGCCGAUGGCCCCAAAGUGCAGGCCCCUUCAGAGGAGCCCACGACGACCUGGGCCUUCUCAGCAACAGACGGCACACUUCCUCUGGGUUUUCUAAACCGAUCAAGAGUUGGAACGGGGCUGUGGCCGUCCCCGGAGGGCCAUGCAGCCCUCCCGUCCCCGGGGCCCCCUCCUUUCUAGCGCAGACACUCCUCCCCUGGGACCAUGGGAAAGGCGCCGUUCCCAGAUGCCGAGAUGCGUCCCUCCAGCAGCCGGCUGAGGCACUAGAAUGAGCCCGUUGUUCUCGAAGACCAGGCCUGGGCCGGGCCGGGAGGAAACCGCGGGCAUUGAACCUCAGAGUAUCGGUUUCUCCUCCCCCCACCUCAGCUCCCCGCACGCCUGCGAGGGACGGCCAGGCGGAGGGCAGGGGGCUCCGCCUCGGACCCUCCUGCCUGCCCGACUCCCCGAGCUCCCCCAAAGCGCUUGACCUGGAGCCCACAGGCCAGGGUGGGUCAGACUUGUCCCCGAGCGAGUUCAAGGGGAGGAGCCUGUGUUGGGUGAGCGGGAUUCGGGCCCCUCCGUCGGUGAGUGCCUGGGCACAGCCUCCGUGUCGCUCAGGACAGGACCUGGGGCCCCGGGGAAGGAAGCCGGCGCUGGUCGCCCCCCAGGCCCUCGGUGUGGGCCGCAUGGGGCCUGAGGACAAGCAAGCAUCCUCUAACAGGGAGCGCGCGGCCAGGAUGGGAGCCGUCAGCAGGCAGGAUGGCACCUUCCAGGCGAUGCUGACACUCAGCUGGCUCACCCUGGCCGCGUCCGCAGCAGUGGCGGCCGAGUGCCCCGACCAGAGCCCCGAGCUGCAGCCCUGGAGCCCUGGCCACGACCCGGGCCACCGCGUGCACAUCGGCCGGGGCAGGACACUGCUGCUCACGUCUUCUGCCACGGUGAACUCCAUCCACGUCUCAGAGGGAGGAAAGCUGGUCAUUAAGGACCAAGACGAGGCGAUCGUCCUGCGUACCCGGCACAUCCUGGUUGACAACGGAGGGGAGCUGCACGCGGGGAGCGCCCUCUGCCCUUACCAGGGCAACUUCAGCAUCGUUCUGUACGGCAGGGCCGACGAAGGCGUUCAGCCGGACCCCUACUUUGGCCUCAAGUACAUCGGGGUCGGCAGAGGAGGCGUCCUUGAGCUACACGGACAGAAGAAGCUCUCCUGGACGUUUCUGAACAAGACCCUUCACCCAGGCGGCAUGCAGGAGGGGGGCUACUUUUUCGAAAGGAGCUGGGGUCACCGUGGAGUCAUCGUGCAUAUCAUCGACCCCAAAUCGGCGACUGUCAUCCACUCCGACCGGUUUGACACCUACAGAUCCAAGAAGGAGAGUGAACGCCUGGUCCAGUACUUGAACGCGGUGCCCGCGGGCAGGAUCCUUUCGGUGGCAGUGAACGACGAGGGGUCCCGGAACCUGGAUGAUGCGGCCAGGAAGGCCAUGACGAAGCUGGGCAGCAAACACUUCCUACACCUUGGAUUCAGACACCCUUGGAGUUUCCUAACUGUGAAAGGAAAUCCCUCUUCUUCCGUCGAAGACCACAUUGAAUAUCACGGGCACCGCGGCUCCGCUGCUGCCCGGGUGUUCAAAGUGUUCCAGACGGAGCACGGCGAGCAUUUCAACGUUUCUUCAUCCAGCGAGUGGGUUCAAGACGUGGAAUGGACGGGGUGGUUCGACCACGACAGAGUGCCGCAGACUAAAGGCGGGGAGAAAAUUUCAGACCUCCGGGCGGCUCACCCGGGAAAAAUCUGCAACCGCCCCAUCGAUAUACAGGCCACUACGCUGGACGGCGCUAACCUCACCGCCGAGGUUGUCCACAAAAAAGGCCAGGAUUACAGGUUUGCGUGCUACGACCGGGGCCGCCCCUGCCACGGCUACCGCGUGCGGUUCCUCUGCGGGAAGCCUGUGAGACCCAGACUCACCGUCACCAUCGACACCAACGUGAACAGCACCAUCCUGAACCUGGAGGACGAUGUGCGGUCGUGGAAGCCCGGAGACACGCUGGUCGUCGCCAGCACCGAUUACUCCAUGUACCAGGCAGAAGAGUUUCAGGUGCUCCCCUGCAGAGCCUGUGCCUCCAACCAGGUCAAGGUGGCAGGGAAGCCCCUGUACCUGCACAUCGGGGAGGAGAUCGACGGUGUGGACAUGCGGGCAGAGGUCGGGCUCCUGAGCCGGAACAUCGUGGUGAUGGGGGAGAUGGAGGACCGGUGUUACCCCUACAGCAACCACAUCUGCAGCUUCUUUGACUUCGAUACCUUUGGGGGCCACAUCAAGUUCGCGCUGGGCUUUAAGGCGGCCCACCUGGAGGGCGUAGAGCUGAAGCACAUGGGGCAGCAGCUGGUGGGGCAGUACCCCAUUCACUUCCACCUGGCGGGCGACGUGGACGGACGGGGAGGCUACGACCCACCCACCUACGUCCGGGAGCUCUCCAUCCACCACACGUUCUCGCGCUGCGUCACCGUGCACGGCUCCAACGGCCUGCUGGUCAAGGACGUGGUGGGCUAUAACUCCCUGGGCCACUGCUUCUUCACGGAGGACGGGCCGGAGGAACGCAACACCUUUGACCACUGUCUGGGCCUCCUGGUCAAGUCUGGGACCCUCCUCCCCUCCGACCGGGACAGCAAGAUGUGCAGGAUGAUCACGGAAGACUCGUACCCGGGCUACGUCCCCAAGCCCCGGCAGGACUGCAACGCAGUGUCCACCUUCUGGAUGGCCAACCCCAACAACAACCUCAUCAACUGUGCAGCCGCGGGCUCCGAGGAAACCGGAUUCUGGUUCAUUUUUCACCACGUUCCGACGGGCCCGUCGGUGGGAACGUACUCGCCAGGUUACUCCGAGCACAUCCCGCUGGGAAGGUUCCACAAUAACCGAGCACACUCCAACUACCGCGCUGGCAUGAUCAUUGACAACGGGGUCAAAACUACGGAGGCCUCUGCCAAGGACAAGCGGCCCUUCCUGUCCAUCAUCUCUGCCAGGUACAGCCCUCACCAGGAUGCCGACCCGCUGAAGCCCCGGGAGCCGGCCAUCAUCAAACACUUCACGGCCUACAAGAACCAGGACCACGGGGCCUGGCUGCGCGGCGGGGACGUGUGGCUGGACAGCUGCCGGUUCGCUGAUAAUGGCAUCGGCCUGACCCUGGCCAGCGGCGGGACCUUCCCGUAUGAUGAUGGCUCCAAGCAGGAGAUCAAGAACAGCCUGUUCGUCGGCGAGAGUGGCAACGUGGGGACGGAGAUGAUGGACAACAGGAUCUGGGGCCCCGGUGGCCUGGACCACAGCGGGAGGACCCUCCCUAUAGGCCAGAAUUUUCCGAUCCGAGGAAUUCAGUUCUAUGACGGCCCCAUCAACAUCCAGAACUGCACCUUCCGCAAGUUUGUGGCCCUGGAGGGCCGGCACACCAGUGCCCUGGCCUUCCGGCUGAACAACGCCUGGCAGAGCUGCCCCCAUAACAAUGUGACCAGCAUUGCCUUUGAGGAUGUCCCGAUUACUUCCAGAGUGUUCUUCGGAGAGCCGGGGCCCUGGUUCAACCAGCUGGACAUGGAUGGGGAUAAGACGUCCGUGUUCCAUGAUGUCGACGGCUCUGUGUCCGAGUACCCGGGGUCCUACCUCACCAAGGACGACAACUGGCUGGUCCGGCACCCGGACUGCAUCAACGUCCCCGACUGGAGAGGGGCCAUCUGCAGCGGGCGCUACGCACAGAUGUACAUUCAGGCCUACAAGACCAGCAACCUACGGAUGAAGAUCAUCAAGAACGACUUCCCCAGCCGCCCCCUCCACCUGGAGGGGGCCCUGGCCCGGAGCACCCAUUACCAGCAGUACCAGCCGGUGGUCACCCUGCAGAAGGGCUACACCGUGCACUGGGACCAGCCGGCGCCCGCCGAGCUGGCCAUCUGGCUCAUCAACUUCAACAAGGGCGACUGGAUCCGAGUGGGGUUCUGCUACCCCCGCGGCACGUCCUUCUCCAUUCUCUCCGACGUGCACAACCGCCUGCUGAAGCAGACAUCCAAGACGGGCACCUUUGUGCGGACCCUCCAGAUGGACAAGGUGGAACAGAGCUUUACGGGCAGGGGCCACUACUACUGGGACGAGGACUCAGGGCUGUUGUUCCUGAAGCUGAGAGCCCAGAACGAGAGGGAGAGAUUUGCCUUCUGCUCCGUGAGAGGCUGCGAGCGAAUCAGGAUCAAGGCCCUGAUCCCCAAGAACGCGGGCGUCAGCGACUGCACGGCCACCGCCUACCCCAGGUUCGCCGAGAGAGCUGUGGUGGACGUGCCGAUGCCCAGGAAGCUCCGUGGUGCCCAGCUGAAGACAAAGGACCGCUUCCUGGAGGUGAAGAUGGAGAGUUCCAGGCAGCGUUUCUUUCACCUCCUGAGCGACGUGGCUUACAUUGAAGUGGACGGGACGAGGUACCCCAGCUCCGAGGACGGCAUCCAGAUGGUGGCGAUCGACGGCAGCCGCGGGCACGUGGUGAGCCACACGAGCUUCAGCAGCACCAUGCUGCAGGGCGUCCCGUGGCAGCUGUUCAGUCACGUGGCGGCCAUCCCCGACAACUCCAUUGUGCUCGUGGUGUCGAAGGGACGAUACACGUCCAAGGGCCUGUGGACCAGAGUGCUGGAAAAGCUCGGCACAGAUAAGAGCCUCAGGUUGAAAGAGAAAAUGGCGUUCGUUGGCUUCAAAGGGAGCUUCCGGCCGACCUGGGUGACUCUGGACACUGAGGACCACGGUGCCAAAAUCUUCCAAGUGGUGCCCAUCCCCGUGGUGAGGAAGAAGAAACUGUGAGGACGCCAGCCACCUCGUGUCGCUCCGCAGUGGACGGUGGACUCUUGGCCGCGGGCCAGGCGGGACGGCUGGCUCCCCCUGGGAAGGGCCGGGGGCAGCCCUGACGGGCGGAGGGGAGGGUAUCAGAGACCCUGGCGCGGCCACCCGCCCCCACUCCAGCGUCUCCCUGCGGCCCCCGGGGGGGGGCAGCCGACCUUCCUUCCUGCAGCCUCUCAGGUGCUUCUCUCCUACCUGUGCCUCUUCAGGGGGGGGGGGGGGGCGCGGGGGCCACGCAAGGAGACCCGAGCUGCACUGGCGGCAGGAGCCCUGACCCAGCCGUUCACAGACCCCGCGCUCUCCAGCGCGCACGGCAGGCUGGUCGAUACGGGGGGGAAAGGGAGCCGUGAGCAGACACCAACCUUCAAGGGGUUGGGAGCCGGCGUGUACACGGAGCCGGCCAGCACGGGACCAGCUCCCCUCGGGGGACGGGCAAGCCCUACCUCUGGAGGGUUCACCCGACCGUUCAGGAGGCCUCGGGUCCCGGGAUGGGGGGGGACGAGGUGACUUUUAGAGGCCCUCUGCGUUCUGAGACCACACUGCACGCAGAAGCCAGCGGCAGACGCGAGGGUGCCGUGUGGCUGGGCGCCCUGGGCCAUGAGGGCGGAGCUGCGGGAGGUCCGGCCUGGGGUCCAGGCUCGCAGGCUGCAGGACGGGCGGGCUCAGAAGAAGACCAGGCCAGGAUCCCGCGUGCUCGGGUGGGUCAGGACACGGCCUGCAGGACGAGGAAGGGGGCGGGCACCUUGCAGGGCGGGCUCGGGCAGCCCCCCCGCCACCCAGUAGCUCGGAGGUGCUCCCACCUGCUGAAGCUGCUGACCGCUGGGUCACCCUGUGCCUGCAGCUUGCUGGCCCACCCAGCGAGGCCACACGUGCAGGGGCGGGGGGGGGGGGUGCCGGGCCGAGGUGCCCAGAGCACUGAGCACCUCCUGGCCCCAGGGAGGGCUGGACCAAGUCGAGGGAAGUGAGCUCCUACCUGGGGCCUCAUUUGUUCUUUAUCCCGAGACCCGGGAGCGUGCUCUCACCUCAGGAGCCCGAGGUUUCAGAGUCGGAGAGGACCUUAGGGUACGUCCAGUCCAAGACCCUCCUUUCACGGAGGCGGCGUGUGAGACCCCGAGAUGGGUUAGAACCACGCGGCCAGGCCGGGCCGAGAGGCCCCCCGCCCAGCACCUGCCGCCACACCACAUUGCCUCAACAACUGGCCCCGGGCGCUGAAUGGGGACGAGUCCCCUGAAAAGGUCAUCAGAAUAGAGAGAAUUGGCCGAUGGCUGUUUCCCUCCAGGCCCACUGCCCGCCCCGCAGGUUGGGGCGGCCCUGCGGCCCCCGCUUGUCCUGGUGGCCACGGCCGUCCCACUGGUGCUACCCGAGUGCAGGAGCACAGGUGCAGCCCAGGGCACGGUGGCGGGGCUCGCGUCAACGCUUUGGGUGAGCCGGCUCGGCUGCUGGGGUCGGGGGCUCGCAGCUACCCGCUGACCCCUGAGCUGUCUGCCUCGCCCACCCUCCGCCCUGCAGGGAGCUCAGAGAGCCCCUGAGGGAGGGGACCCCUUCUGGGGUUCACACUCUCCCGGGGGGCCCCAGGGUCACGCCGAGCUGCAUCUCCCCCUUUCCUGCGCCAACCACACACUCUUCGCAACUCUUCUUUCGAAGACGGCCUUCUCUGCCCCCUCUGCAGCCGCGGCCCUCGGGAGGGGUCCCCUCCCCAGGCUGAGCCGACUGUCAGAGCAGUUUCCCGGAGCACGGUCCGUCCAGCUGCUGGGAGGCGAAGGUGGGACACGGCAGGGGCCGUGCUCCCGGGAGAAACCUCUUCCACGCAGAUUCCCGGCGACGGGUGGGGAGGGGAGUCGUGACCUCCUGUCCCCGUCUGCAGUUCUGUUGAGUUUUUCAAACUCUGUCGACGCGAGGGUCUCACACUGUGAACCAGCUAGGGUGGGGUCGCUUCCGGUGGCCGGGAGUGUGGAUGGUCUUUGGUUCGGUUGGUUUCAGAGAGCGUAUCUGUUUGAAAAUGCUCAGAGUUGUACACACGCCCAGCAGCUCAGGGUCCGUGCGCGCACUCUCCCUCCGACGCCGGCCAGCAAGGGCCAGGGGCCCGGCGUGCUCUUGGUGGCACACGUUUUCUCACCGCCUGGAAAAUCGCUCCCACAGUUCUGUCUGUCGGCGUCCAAAUGAGUUAGGCCCUCUGGGGCGAGCCACACUCCCCUGAAAUGCCGGUCUCUUUCCUGUUGCCGAAACGGCUGGUCCUUUUUCGGGAAUUAGAUGUUUUGUUCGUAAAUGUUUCUCAUAGGUGUUGCCACGAACAAAGAUGUGUUUUCUAUUUAUUUAUUAUGUAUGCACUUGGAGAAGUCGUCGUGGGAGAAAUGGAUCGUCCUAAAUGUCACGUUCGGGGAUGUCCUUUGGACCACGUACCCGGAACCUUCUGCUGGUGGCAGAGGGCGCUGGCUGUGGUUUGGAAAACCUUGUACCAUAGUAAACAUACAAAGGAUCUCA